AAUAUAUUAAUUUAUUCAUAAUCCAGAGGCUUGGCCAAUGGAGAGAAAUAGAAAAUGGGAAGUAUUAAAAAAGACAGUACCAAAACAGAAAGAUAACUUUUUUAAUGCAUAAUCCAUUGGUUUCACCUGCGGAAUUGGAAACACCCACAGGUAAGAGCAGAUUCAGUGGUACUCAUCGACGUCAACCCACUCCCUUUAAUUUGUGAAUCCCUAGAAAAGCUCUCCCCCGCCAUGGCACGCGACGCCUGUCUUCCUUCCUCCAUCUGCCGCUUAAACCCUCACUAAAUUUCACUGCUCUGUACAAAUCUGUGAGUCUUAAAGCUCCCCUCUCUCUCCCUCUCUCUCUGCUCAUCUGCUUUACAUCGAUCUGGGCAUCCCUCUCUCUCUCUCUCUCUCUCUCUCUCUCUCUCUCUCUCGCUCGCUUUAGAUUCACUUCUGCAAGUUUUGGUCUUUGCAAUAUCGAAGGAUUAAAGGGUGGAUCGGCGAUUGUUUUCAUAUCUCUGCUAAAACAGAGGUUCCUCGCAAGCGGCGGUUUAGUUUUCUGUGUGGAAUCAGAAUAGCGAUUCGUAUUGUUAGUGGAUUCAGCCUAAUAAUUCCUGAAGUGGGUCAACUUUAAUUUCGUGAUCGUGAUUGAGAAGAUGAAUUUGAGAACAGCGGAGGGUCAUGAUUCAGCGGCGGCGGCGGAAAUCCAUCUCCCCGCCGAUGUGGACUGGCACAUGCUCGACAAGUCCAGGUUCUUCUUUCUCGGCGCGGCACUAUUUUCCGGCGUCUCCGCCGUGCUCUACCCCGCCGUCGUUUUAAAAACCCGGCAACAAGUAUCCCAAGUUCAAAUCUCCUGCAUUAAAACCGCAUUCUCUGUGAUGCGAUACGAAGGGCUAAGGGGGUUUUACAGAGGCUUCGGGACAUCUCUAAUGGGUACGAUCCCGGCUCGAGCCCUUUACAUGGGAGCUCUCGAAAUCACCAAAUGCAGGGUUGGCGACGCCACAAUCAGGCUCGGGUUCUCGGAGACUACGGCGGCGGCAAUAGCCAACGCCGCCGCGGGAUUAAGCUCUGCCAUGGCGGCGCAGCUCGUGUGGACCCCCAUCGACGUCGUGAGCCAGAGGCUGAUGGUUCAAGGCAAUGGCAACAAAUCCAUCGUCUCUAAUGUCGAUUCUUACAGGUACCGAGGAGGGAUCGACGCCUUCAGAAGAAUUGUCCGCACCGAUGGUCCGAGAGGCCUGUACAGAGGAUUUGGGAUUUCAAUCUUGACAUACGCUCCUUCGAACGCGGUUUGGUGGGCUUCGUACUCCGUGGCGCACAAAUUCAUAUGGGGCGGCGUCGGCAGUCGCUUCGCCGGGAAGAAAGACGACGGUGUUGGCGGGGUUUUGAGGGCGGAGUCGGCGGCGGCGGUGGCGGUGCAGGGGGUGAGCGCGGCAGUGGCGAGUGGGGUGUGUGCGCUGAUAACGACGCCGCUGGACACGAUAAAGACGAGGAUGCAGGUGUUGGGGGGGGAGGGGAAGGGGCGGAGGGCGGCGACGGCGGUGGAGACGGUGAGGGAUCUGGUGAAGGAAGGAGGAUUGGGAGCUUGUUACAGAGGGUUGGGGCCGAGGUGGGCUUCCAUGUCCAUGUCUGCGGCGACCAUGAUCACAACCUAUGAGUUUCUGAAACGGCUGUCCACGAAGAACAUCCAUGGAUUUAGCUAGAGCUCCUCCAUAGCUAGUAGCUAGCUAGCUAGCUUAACUGGCUUCCCCUAGAACAGAACAGUUUUGAGUGUAAACCAUUUCCAUUUCUGUUGGAGAUAAAUUUCUUGUAAAGAUGUAGAAUAUGUAUUUCUAUAUUAUUUUUGUAAUGUUAUUGUUAUCCUCAUAGGUGAUUAUUGCA